ACCAAUCAUUUUCUUCGUACGAAAUGUGGCUGAAUAGGUUUUUUUUCUAUAGUAAUACUUACCUUGGAUUGUCGGCAUGGACAACAAUGGAAAGCGACUGAAGAAAUUCUGGAUUAUUUACCAAAAAUAUAGUUAGUUGCUGUGAUAUAUUUGGGCAGACGAGAAAACUGAUUUGAAUUUCAAGGGGAAGAUUAAAAUUAAAAAUGGAUGACAAUACAAAAGUAAUGUUGAAGCUGGCUACUUUCUUAGCUCAGCAGAACAACUCUCGUGUCAACAAUACAGGAAACCAAAACCCUCUUACAGAACUGGCUACCCAACUAUUGAUGAAUAGCACUAGUGAAACCCUUGCCAUACCAACGUCUCUGCAAUCACACCCAGCAAAACAACUGCCAUCUCAUCAACCAGACAACAGCACCUCUAGCAUGUUUCAAACACAAGCUUCACCAGUGCCUAUCUCUCAGAACACUUCAUCAAAUCACAUGAAUAAUACUUACAGUGUAAAUGCUUCAUCACUUCAAGGGAACAUCGCAAAUACAAAGAGUUCAGUUCCUAGGGCUAAUGAGAUGAUGUCGCUGAACAAUACUUCAAACAAAGACAUGAUUCCAGUAGCAUCCCCAAUCAACAGAGAUUCUUUUAACGUAAUGUCCCCUGUUAUGGAUCAAGAAAACUUCUCUCCUAUCAACAGAGACAAUUUCCCCAUCAGCAGGGAUACAUUUAACGUGACAACUGCCAACUCUUAUCCUAUCAACUCACCUAUGAAUCACGACACAUUCACCACAGCUUCUUCUGUCAACCGAGAUUCCUUUACAAUGUCAUCCGCAGUCAACAGGGAGUCCUAUCCUGCAACAUCAUCUGGAAAUUCACUCUCAUCAUCCCCAGCGACUAACCGGGAAAUGUUAACUGUAAUGCCGCCAGUAAAUAGAGACACGUUUUCUGCUGCUUCUCCUGUCAACCGAGAAACGUAUCCCAAUAAUCCUGCUAUGAAUAGGGAUACAUUUAACGUCAACCGAGACAACAUGAGUGGGAAUUGUCCUGAGACAAGAGAUUCAUUUUCUUCAGAUUGCUCUGCUACUAGGGUCUCCUUUAACAUAACAUCACCAAGAAAUCGAGAAAAUUACACAAGUACUCCAGUUAUUGGUCGAGACUCGUAUUCGGUAACCUCCCCAGUUAAUAGCGACUCUUACGGAUCUGGGAUGCCAACGAGCCAUGAGUCUUACCAAGUCAGUUCUCCUUCUAACCGAAUUUCUGAAGAUUCUGCUAUGAACUCUUUGAAUAUGAUGCGAGGGGAUAUCUCCAGAAAUACAGCUUUAACAAGAGUUCCUGAUGAGAUGAAUAUGAACCAAGUGGAGGACAUGGUUGUCACUAGUGGCGGUGGUGGUGGAAGUAGUAACGGUAGUAGUAUUAACAGCGGUUUGGGCUCAAUCAACAGUUCAAUGUCAUGCAACCUGUCUUCCAUGAACUCUUCUUCCAAUGAAGUGCAUAUAAACUCUUCAAAUAAUUGUGCCUAUUACAAGCGACCGAUACAAGGAGAAAAGGGACGAUCGUAUCCCCAGCCAGUCAUACUUCGAUCACGACCUCGUCCUGUUAAAGAGAGGUCUAAAAGAGGUCCCAAAGAGAAGGAUUAUUUCAGAACUGCUUUCUUUUGUCUACCAAAUGUGACAGCCCGACUCCCACGCUUUACGUCCUCUGAUCCUCGUGAGCAAGACCUUGUCCUCGAUUAUCAAAAACAAGGUUAUGGUUUCCCAGCAAAAGACUACUUUGAAGGCAAACCUCAGAAGACUUAUAUUCGUCUCAGUCAUGAUGAAGAAAGUUUCCGUUGCUUUCUGUUAAGUAUUUAUCCGAAACUUGAGGGAAAGUAUUAUGAACUUUAUAGAAUUGAUCGGCAGAGAAAUUUGGUUCGCAUUGAAGCUAAGACCCCCCGCGGUAUCAAGAAUGCUAAAUACCAAGGAACGAUCAUCAUUUUGCCCUACCCUGAAGCUUCAAAUCCACCAUCAGCUGUUGUGCACAACCCAAGUAGUAUUGGAGACUUUCCUGUCCAGCUAUGCAAUGAUUCCAUUGAAAAUAUUAAUGAAAACAAUGAAUGUGAAGAAGAAAACAUGAUACCAUCACCAAGUGUCUGUGGUUCCACGCCCCAGCAAUCUCCUUUCAUGCCACCAAACCAUGAAGUAGCUACAUAUGAUCAUAAGGAAUCCUACGAGUUAUCACCUCCAUCUCCAGAACGUGAUAUCAAACCAUUUCAAAGAUUUGAUUCUGAAAAUUCUGAAUUAUUUCAAAGAAUUUCCCUCAUAAAGCAAACUCUUUCCGAAACGAGAAACUUGAAGAUGGAUAAAAGGUCUAUCGUUGGAAAUCUGUUGGAGUUGUAUCGUGCUGAGCAUACCAUCUGUAACUAUGACAUCCGGGUCACAUUUAACAAUGACCCCAAUCUCACUUUAUCGAACGAUCCAUCAUUUCAAACACGUCACAUGUUUUGUAUAUUCUGGAAGAAAAUUUUCAACAAUAAUUUCGUCGGAAAUGAAGAAUACUAUCCAGUCAUAAGUCCCGAGGCUGAAGACGAUAUGUUUGAAAUUCUCGGCCGCAUUCUCGCUCAUGGAUUAAUAUUAUGUAACUAUUGGCCUAUCCAGUUUGCUGUGGCAUCAGCCACCUACAUGCUCUGUCAAGGCUGCUCUGAUGAGCUCAUUUUGAAAUCAUUCACCAAUUGCCUCAGUGGAUUUGAGCAGAGGAUUGUCAUGUCAGCCCUAAAGGAAUCUCGUUCCCAAAUUGGAGAACCAACUUUCUCUUCCACUCUAGAAACCAAUUUAUCAGCAUUUCUAUGGACUAACGGUUGUCAAUUAGACCGACCUGGUCAGCUUCCUGGUAUUUUGUUAAGCAUAGCCAGAAGUUACCUUAUAUACCAACCAUACUGGGCACUUGUGAAGCUGAAAAAAGGAAUGGAACACUGCAGCAAUAAAGUAUUCAAAGAUUGUUCUGAAAGCGAUGUUGAAAAUUUAUACAAAACAUUAACACCUGAAGCAUCUCAAAUUUGCAAAUUAAUCAAGUAUGAGUUUAGUCAAGAAGAAUCUCACCAGGAAAUUGAGAAAACAUUACAGACUUACUUAGAAAAAUUACUUUGGGAAAUGUCAUUAGUUGAACUUGCAAACUUGUUACAAUUGUGGACUGGUGUGAACUGCUUGUCACAACAAACUUUGUUUGUGAAAUUUGUGAACACUUCAGAUCAGUUGCUGUUUCAGAAUCAUAAAUCUCUGCUCCGAAUCCCUCGCAAAAUACAGACAUUUAAAGAAUUUACAGAAUCCAUUCAAUUACUUCUGGAUGGAACAUGAUAAAUUCUGUUUGCAUGAGGGAGGAAAAAGAUUACCUAUUCAUUUAUAUACAUACACACAUACAUAUACAUAUAUAUAUAUAUACACAUGUUUAUUUUCUCCUUUCAUAGAUUUUUCUUUAUUAGAAAUGAAGAUAAAUCUCAGCUAUUUUUGUUGUCUUCUUUUAUUUAAAAAGGUUGGUCUGAUUGUUGUUAUCGAUAUGAAAGUUGCCACCAGAUGUAAACCGAUAAUUUAAAUUACAAUUAUUUUUGAAAUGUAACCUUGCCAAUUCCCUUUGAAUAAUUCAAAAGGAAAGAGGUCCGUAAACUAGUUCCACACUAAGACAUCAACUGAAAAUGCAUGUGCUCCAUCUACCACAUUCACUAUGACCUUGUAUGUAUUAACCAUUAUCACCACCACCAUCAUCAUCAUCAUAUAAAACAGUAAUAAUAAUCUGCAAAGAAACAUUAGGUUGUCUCAAAAAUGCUUAAGGAACCAGCACCAGACUGGAUGCUUUUUAGGAUCUAGUUUGGUACCCAUCAAAGCUAAAAUCGUUCCUUCCAUCUAUACUUAAUAAAACAGCCAAUCAGUAUUUA